CUUCGCGGCUCUUUCCUCGAUUACAUUCGAGCACAUAAAGGGAAGUUGGUGAUUUCUUCGGUCUGUAUUAUAUUAGAGCCAUGAUCAAGCUUUUCUCUUUGAAGCAACAAAAGAAGGAAGGAGAAGGUGCAAAGACAGGGACGAAGAGGGCUUCUGCGGCGCAACUAAGGAUAACGAAAGGUGUGUUAUGGUGUGGUUUUCUUGUAGAAGAAGCUUAGUCAUUGUGCUGCCAUUGCAUCAUGUAUCUUAUCCGUUUAAUGGUACGUUUUGUGAUCUGUUUUGUUAUUGUUUAAGUAUAUCCUUGAAGACUUAAGGAAUGAACAGCGAGAAAUAACCCAUUGUAAUUCUUGCCGUAUUAGCCAUGCUCACUACUUGUUUCGUCCUGAAGUCAAUCCUGACAGUUUUGAGUUUCUCCUAGAGUCUCUUCUGAAGUAAUCUUUUUGUUAUUUGUGCGAAAAUAAAGCCUGAUUUCUGGUACAUUUUCACGUUUUCACUGUGUUGCCACAUUGGCCUCUUAAACCGUAAAUAAGAUUCUGUAUAUUGUCUAAUUUCGUCCUCAAAAACGCCGUCAACAUGAAGGACAUCUAGUGUGGAAUUUGUUUUGUUUACAGGCCCAAGAGGUAGAUACUCGUGAAUUCACCGAAAUCAUUAAAUUUCAUGAGACAUAGAUAAGCUUGAUUGAUACGUCGGUCUCGAGUUACGAUUAAUUACCGCUACAAUACUUCAUUGUUCUUGUUCGGGGUUGGUUUUUAAAACAUUGUUUGUAUCUCAAGAGCUUGGUGGACAAAUUGCUAUCACUUUAUCACUGUCUAGAGUGAAGUAGAGACUCAAAGUCCACUUUUAAUUAAGGUGAUAAGGGUUAGGGCUGUUGCAGGUCUGCUCUUUAAGAUCUUUGUAUCCUAGAUGGACAGAAAUUUAGAUUUUUGUAAAAGGAAAUUUGAUAAUUUUUGAGGAACAGGUUGAAAGUGCCACAGAAAUGCCUCCUUCAAUAGUUUUUGGAUGAAGUGAAAGAAGGAAGUUGUUAUUAAAUAUGAUGGAAACACAUAGGUCUCAGGAAUAAUGCAUAAAAUGCAGAACUAAGUACCAUUUUGGAAUGCCCUGGUCAGGGUUACUGUGCAGUAUUUUUGGCUUUGACAUUUUCCUCUUGCAGUGCUGUGUUCUCUUUAUGGGUAUGUAGGCUACACAUACCACAGGGACACCUUUUGAAAUUCUAAAAGGUUAUCAUAAAUCUGAUCAUAAAUUCUGAAAUUGAAUACUGGGGUUUCUCUUCUCUCUGGGUGCUUAGUCUGGAAGUUGUUUAAUUUAAUUUUUUUUAUUGUCUCUCAUAGAGGGAGGGUUUAUCACUUACAUGAUAUAUUCAAGAAGUUUAUCAUACACUUCUUUUCAAAUUUCCCAAGAGAACUACUAAGGCAAUACCACUUAUCUCUUCAUAUAACCAAAACAAUAUUUUUUGCCACCUAAAGUUUGUAUUGUUGUCAUAAGCAAAAUGUGUUGUAUUUCAGAUGUACGGGAUCUUGAGCUACCAAAAACAUGUCAGAUAGAAUUUCCUGAUCCAGAUGAUCUUCUAAAUUUCAAGCUCAAUAUUUCACCAGAUGAGGUACUAUAAUCAUUUAGAGACUAUUCUAGUCUUUUUACUAAUAUCUAAGUAGUUGGCUUAAACAGGCUUUGUAAGUCACAGUUCUCUGUUGUUGCAGUGAAAACUUAUUACCAGAAUACAUGAAGGAAAUGUUUGUUGAAGUGGUGUGUAAAUGUUUCUUUUUAAAAUUUGUUCAAACAUUUGUACUCCCCUACGAAACAUUUCAUCAGACAUGUGCAAUUUUUAGUCAGACAUUGUUCUGUGACUGACUUGCCCAUGGAUAAUGCACCACAAUUUCUUAAGAAAACAAUAACUUUGUUCAUUUGCUUGAAAAAAUUUAAGCCCCAGCAUUCAAACUGAUUUCUCAUUUUUCUUAAGUCAUCAUAAGUUUCAAUGAUAAUAACCAAUAUAAGUUUUUUGAAUUUAGUGCUGCUUUUAAUUUAAUUUUAACUUCCAGGGAUUUUACAGAAAUGGAAGAUUUAUCUUUAGUUUUAAGGUGAGUUACUCCCUUUAUAAGAUCUUAGAAAGACAGAGGAAACUAUCUUGAAAAAUUGUAGUGGCAACAAUGUGCAUUAGGUAGUUGAAAAUGCAUUCAGCCAGCUCUCAGGGACUCAUUGCUGUCUUUUGAAAUUUCUAGUAGCUCAUUUGAAGUUCUUUUACUGUCAUUUUCAUUUUGUUGUAAUUUGAUAUGUCUUUCAACUUUAAAUCCUAAAGAUACAUUUGCUAGAUUUUGAAGCCACUGAACCCUUUCUGGGAUCCCACAGUGACCAUGCAUCAUAUUGGUUAGUAAGUCUCAACAUUUUCCAUGAAUGUUGAUGACUUGCCCCAACACAUCUAAUUAUCCCUUUAUCAAUACCAGUCUGUUUAAUUUGUAAAAGGUUGGUCCAGGAUAUCCUCAUGAUGCUCCAAAAGUCAAGUGUGAAACAAAAGUGAGUUUCUAGUUUAAGAGCACCUGCCAUUUGUUGAGUUACUUUUUUCAUUUAAAAAACAACAACUGUUACAACAACUCUAUGUUAGCAUGUCAAGUGGUAUAUUGCUUGCACCAAUCAGACGGCUACUUUCAGGCAUGAUCACAGAAAAACUAUUUUGACUGCCAUGUUAAAUAUCCAUUUUUUUGCUAUAAUUUUAAAAGUUCUCCAUGAAUUACAUCUUGUGUUUAAACUGUAUUUUCCCAAUACAAUUAUGUGUCUACUUGUCACUAUGAAAUAGACUUUAUCAGAUGAAAUACCAUUUUCUGAUAAACAACAUAGAUUUAAUGUCUUAAUCCAACCGCACUGAAAAAAUUCACAUGAAACUAAAUGCUACUGUUAGUCAAUUUUUCAUGCAAUUCUCACAUGCGUAGACAUUUUUUAACAAUCAAAUUAGCUUUUAGCUACCUUGGACUUUACUAGUCAAUUCCUUGUAAACAACCUGCUUUUUAUCACAUAUUCGGCAAACAUGGAGCAAAGUCCAGAUGGGCAACAACCACCUGCAAAAUAUCUUUGCAUGGGCUGUGAAGGAGACUACAGGAACCAUGGCACUAAUGCAGUUUAUUUGUGCAAUUUUUCAGACACCAGUGGCAAUAAGCCAAAAAAUAUGUCUGAGUUUACUUCAGAUAAACUUGAAGGUUUUUUGCUCUCCAUUGAACAAAUUUUCAUUGGAACAUUUUGAAAGUAAAUGCCCUCUUUCUUUUACAAAAUUGAAAACAUCAUUUCCUUAGUGUUCCCUUUCAAACCACCGAUACGAAAAAAGAAAAAAAAACUCUUGCAUGGGUAGCAUGUUUUAAACUAUGUGGCCAGACAUUUCAGUUUAAAAGUGGGUAAGAUUUUUCAUGAUAUUUUGUCUAUAUUCCUGAAAAUCAAAACAGAACAGCAGAAACAACUCAGGAACUUGAUGAUCCAGCAGGAUCAGUUCUAUUUGAAACAGAUGACUAUUUUGAGUUCAUUAUUAAUGACAUUUACCUUCACUACUCUUGGUUGUCACCAUAAACCUGGUAACCUCAAAGGUUUAAGUUCUUGCAUUAGUGUUGCUUUGUGCAACUUUUCUAUCCAUGAUUAUGCAUGAUAAAAUGCACUCAAGUAGAAUCAAAGAGUUAAUGGGAUACCACAGUAAGGCCUUUGUAAAGGAGUUCUAAAGGAAAAGAAAAGAAAAACCAAUAAUGGCAGGAUUAGCAGCAAUGGCAUUGAAGUUGUUAUUUGUGGACAAGAUUUGCUCUUAAUUACUAAUUUCCAGUUUGGUUGAUUGAAACAGUUGGACUCCUCUCCUCAAAAUAUUUCAGGUGUUCAUGGUAUUUGGAUUUUGAAAGUAAUUUGACUCCCUUUUUUUCAGGUUUAUCAUCCUAACAUUGAUCUAGAAGGAAAUGUCUGUUUGAACAUCUUGAGGUAAGUAUAGAUAAAUGAUGAUUACUGAUAUUAUAUGUUCUUUCAUUUCCUUUAAAAUUACUUCAUGAUGCAAAAUCCUUAAGCUCCCAAUAUCUUUUGUAUUUGCAGAGAGGACUGGAAACCUGUUCUUACAAUAAAUGCAAUAAUAAUUGGAUUACAAUAUCUGUUUUUGGUGAGUGCUUGUAAUAAACCCUAUGAGGUGAAUUUUUGAGUCAUUUGAUCAGUCUGUCAGUGGGUGACUUUGUAUUUUUGGUAUUGUUCAAAAGAACCAAUCAGGACUCAAUCUUGGAACCCCUAGCUCGAAGGUCCUGGUAACUUAGUGGCUUGUAAAGCUCCCCUCUUUCCAAUCAAGACAGGAUUUUCAAAAGUUUUGAAAAUCAUACUAUAAAACUAUCAGCUAAAGAAACAAAGUGGACUGACUAGGGUGCCAUAAGUUGCUUCUCUAUUCUUUAAUUUUUGUUUUUUGAAGUAUGGCUUCAGGCUUUCAAGUUAGUGGUACUUUCGAAAAAUGGGCCUUUCAGAUGUCUCCUUUAAGGUGUGAGCUAAUAACAUAACUUGACUUGUCUCUUUGAUUGCAGGAACCAAAUCCAGAGGAUCCUCUUAACAAAGGUUAAUACUUCCUUUGUUUAUUUUCAAGAGGAGAUUUGACAUCUUCAGGUUUACCCUUUGCAGAAUUAGAAGUUCCAAAACCACCAUCAUAAUUGGGUGGUGCAUAUAAGUAGAGGUUGAUGGUGAAGUUUUCACUUCCCCCAACUCUAGGUGUUGGGCCAGGAAACAAAGUUGUAAUGUUGAAGGAUGUAGACCAGUCUUGAGGAAUUAGUUUUGUUGAAGCUCUUGAAAAAAAAUAUUGAUAGAAGUCAAUAAGUUUGCUGUGUACUAGCCUCAUUCCUUCACUGUGUCUUUCCUUUGCCACAGAUGCUGCUGAAGUUCUUCGAAGUAACAGGCGGUUGUUUGAACAGAAUGUGGGGAAAUCCAUGAGAGGAGGAUAUGUAGGAAGUGUCUACUUUGAACGUUGCCUUGUAAAGUGAUGCCUUCAUUGGACACUCCAGAGAGCUUACCCUCUAUUUAUUAACACUUAAAACUGUUGCAGUGCAAAUUUGCUAAAAUCAAAGCCAAAGAGGAGUUUGGCACCAGGCACUUUUGAACAAUUCAAGGGACACUGGGCACAGAUGGAGGACUUUAAAGUUACUAUAAACAAAUCUUAGACCCUUAAUUUUCCAGAUCAAGAUUUGUUUUGCUUUAUCCUCCUUUUAGCCCAAGCUUUUAACCUUCUUUUUCUCUUGAAUGUUACCAUUUUCUUUCUAUGGAAAUAAUCACGUUUCAAAGUUAACGUAGUUGACUGGAAACCCCUAGUUCUUUACUCGAUCUGAAAUUAUCUGGAGGCAAACUUCAACUCCUGUGAUUGAUAGCAUUUCCUAAGUUUCUCCCAAAUUAAGCAGGACAGAAUUCAGAGAAACUGUUGCCCUGCUAUAAUCAUUGAAAAGUACAGCUUAGUAGCUCAAGUAUGAAUGAAUAAUUGUGAGGGUUUUCUCAGAAAAAUAAUAGAGGAAAUACCAUCUACUAAUCUGUGG